CACCAUCUGCCUCUUCACAAGUGCAAAUGUAUCGAAAAAUAAUUGCGUUGGUCAUGUCACUUCCACUGAUUCUGAGCCCCCAGGUUUUUGGGCUCGUGACAGACGGUUUGAUCCAUCUGAAGAAUAUUACAGGCAAGCUCAGCUUCAUUCAGAGGGAUGGAAAUGUGACCUAUCUGCGGGACAAGGAGCUGGCCACUGAAGUUCCAACCGAGACAAAGUUUGAACUGUUCGAUCCAAGGAACACUUUACGCACUGCCAGAUUCAACUAUACCUGGGACUUCGGCAACGGAGAGGUGCUGAAGGGAUCGGAGCCGUCUGUGCACUAUAACUACUCAUCCCCUGGAAACUACACUCUGCGGCUGAGAGUUGGGGCCCAAGUGAACAAAACCUCUACUCCAGUAACUGGGGUACACACCAUGGACGUUACAGUUUUGGACGCCAUCAGAAAUAUUGAGUUGAGCCCUUUGAGUUUCCAGGUUUCCAGAAACAACAGUCUGGUUGUUCAUGUGGAUGGAAGUCCUCCCAUGUGGGUCUGUUGGAGGUUCCUACAGAACUGUGUAUCAGCAACCCCUACAGGCUGCCACCUGACCAUGCUGUAUGAGAACACCAUGACACUGAACCACACCUUCACAGCUUUAGGAGUCCACUGUCUGGACAUCAGCGCCCGCAAUGACAUCAGCAAACUGCAGACCUCCUACAACAUCUUUGUGAGGAGAGAUCCCUCUUUUAACCUGCUCUUCAUCAUGAUGUGUGCUUGGAUUGUCUUGGCAAUCCUCGCCUUCAUCACUGUUAUGGCCUGUCGCCACAAGAAAGGACGCAACAGCAAUCCACAGAUGUCUAAGUCCAGUAACGCCACUUACUCCAGUAUGAACAUGGAACUGCAGCCACAACAGGACAUCCCUGAUAUCAGUAGUGAUCUCUAUGUGUCCAGGCCAAAGAACGAAGAGGUCCAACCCCUUCUACAGCACGGGACCAGAUCUGUCGCCAAAUCCUACCGCAACUAGUCUUCAUUUAUACACUUUGAUUUGAGCUUGUUAAUAGUUUGCUAUCAAUGUAUAGUUUGAGAUUAAUAUACAUUACCAGUCAAAAGUAUGGACACACCUAAUCAUUACAGGAUUUUUCUUUA